AGAGGAUCAAAGAAAAGAAUAGCCUACUUCAAAUCCUAAACAUGUCACUUCCUGAGAAUUACAGUAUUAGAAGAAUGGUAUCUUCUGAUUAUGACCGUGGUGUUCUCACGACGUUGGAGGCCCUUACAGUGGUGGGGACUAUCUCAAAGUACCAAUUCCAGGCGCUGGUAAACAAGUGGGAAUCACUCGAGUUGAACAACGGUAAAUUCAUGUAUAACCCCACUGUGAUCGUUGACGGUGAUGAUACCGUCGUUGCGACCGGAAUGAUACUCAUUGAAGAGAAGUUGAUCCAUCAGUGUGGGCUGGUUGGUCACAUAGAGGAUAUUGCGGUCAGAAAAGACCAACAGGGCAAGCAACUGGGCAAGAUUCUAAUCAAUCACUUGACGCAGAUAGGUAAAGACGCUGGAUGCUAUAAGAUAAUCCUUGACUGCGAUCCAAAGAACGUGGGAUUCUACGAAAAAUGUGGAUACAAGAAUAACGGGCUAGAGAUGGAGAUACGACAAUGACUAUCUAUUCCCCAUAAGCUCUAGUGUUUUCAUUAAUGAGAACGGCAACGAAAGCCUCCAUUUCAAUGUUAUAUACCCUCACCGUUCCCAGGUUGUGAAUGUAUCGUCCACCUCCAGCACUUUUUGUGCUUAUUCCAUCACUGUACUAUAUCGAUUCUAGACAUUCUAUAGACAAGAUUGAGUUUCCUCUCACCACACUUGAGCCUAUCUGUAUUGGUGUUCCCGUGGAGUCCUCUGUGGCAUCUUCCAGUACAAUAUUGAGAAAUAU